GUAGUACUGUGUGAGCAAGUAUGAGAGAACCUUAACUAAUUUAUUUCUUUCUUUUUAUCUUCUGCUGCCUUCUCCACCUGGACUUCUUUGCUUCCGAAUCCAGUAUAAGUUUUCGUGUGGGGCGCAGCAAACUAAAAGGAGCAUGAAGCUGGUUGUUGAAGUGGUGGAUGCUCAUGAUCUUAUGCCCAAGGAUGGUCAAGGCUCCGCCAGUCCAUUUGUAGAAGUUGAUUUCCAAAACCAACUAAGCAAAACUAGAACCGUUCCAAAAAACCUCAACCCUGUUUGGAACCAGAAACUUGUCUUUCAUUUUGAUCAACCCCAGAACUGCACCCAUAAAUUCAUACAAGUCUCUGUUUACAACGAGAGGAGACCAAUCCCUGGCCGAAAUUUCCUUGGUAGAGUAAGAAUUCCUUGCUCAAACAUUGUCAGGAAAGGUGAGGAAGUCUAUCAACGCUUCCAGUUAGAAAGCAAGUGGUUUUUCUCUCCUGUCAAGGGUGAGAUUGGCCUCAAAGUCUAUAUUUCACCAGAAUCUGAAACAAAAUCUCCUCCUCCUCCUCCCUUGCCGGCACAACCAUUAUCUUCUCCAACUUCUAGUCCAUCUCCUGCUUCUCUCUCAAGUGCUGUAACUUCUGUUUCAGAUAACACCAUUUCCCGACCAUUAGCUCAAGUUAUAGCAGGAGGGUCUGAAAAAGAAGUCUCAGCUGUUGAUGCCAUCAAAAAGUCUAAGUCUCCAGUCAGAGAGCUGAAGAAGAUCAAGGUGCCUUCCAAAGUAGAGACAGCUGAACACAUAAACAAGCACCAAGUUCUGCAGCAACCCGGAAUAUUCUUUGAGAAAAGAGCAGAAGGUGUGCCAUUCACAAUGCAUUCUGUCACCCCACAGGGUCAUCCUGCUGAGCCAGAAGACUACAAUCUGAAGGAUACCAAUCCCCAGCUCGGUGAAAGAUGGCCUAGUGGAGGAGUAUAUGGGGGAAGAGGAUGGAUGAGUGGGGAGAGAUUUGCGAGCACUUAUGAUCUUGUAGAACAGAUGUUCUAUCUAUAUGUUCGAGUGGUGAAAGCGAAAAAUCUUGCGCCCAGUUCCAUCACUGGCAGCUGUGAUCCUUAUGUGGAAGUAAAGCUUGGAAACUACAAGGGCAGAACAAAGCAUUUUGAGAAGAAAAUGAAUCCUGAGUGGAAUCAGGUCUUUGCUUUCUCCAAGGACAGAAUUCAGUCAUCAGUGGUGGAAGUUCUUGUUAAAGACAAGGAAAUGGUAGGGAGAGAUGAUUAUCUUGGAAGGGUAGUUUUUGAUUUGAAUGAAAUUCCCACCAGAGUUCCACCGGACAGUCCCUUGGCACCGCAGUGGUGCAGAUUAGAGGACCGGAGAGGAGAAGGGAAAGUGAGGGGAGAAAUCAUGCUUGCAGUCUGGAUGGGAACACAAGCUGACGAAGCAUUCCCAGAUGCGUGGCAUUCAGAUGCAGCCUCAGUCUACGGAGAGGGUGUCUCCAGCGUCCGAUCAAAGGUUUACGUGUCCCCAAAACUAUGGUACCUCAGGGUAAAUGUGAUUGAAGCACAAGAUGUAGUGCCAAGCGACAGAAGCCGGUUGCCUGAAGUUUUUGUAAAAGCUCAGGUAGGAAACCAAGUGUUGAGAACCAAGAUAUGUCCAGUUCGAACUACCAAUCCCCUCUGGAAUGAAGAUUUAGUGUUUGUAGUGGCUGAGCCUUUUGAAGAACAGCUGGUCAUCGCUGUGGAGGAUCGAGUGCAUCCUUCAAAAGAGGAGGUGUUAGGGAAGAUAAGCCUGCUGCUGACGGAUUUUGACAAGCGACUAGACCACAGGCCAGUACACUCGCGGUGGUUCAAUCUGGAGAAGUAUGGUUUUGGAAUCCUGGAGGCUGACAGGAGAAAAGAGCUCAAGUUUUCAAGUAGGGUUCACCUAAGAGUCUGUCUAGAAGGCGGAUACCAUGUGCUGGAUGAGUCAACCAUGUACAUCAGUGAUCAAAGGCCAACCGCGAGGCAACUCUGGAAACAGCCAGUUGGGAUACUUGAAGUCGGUAUUUUGGGUGCACAGGGGCUGCUGCCAAUGAAGAUGAAGGAUGGGCGAGGGAGUACGGAUGCCUAUUGCGUGGCAAAGUACGGCCAAAAAUGGGUCCGCACUAGAACAAUUCUUGACACUUUUAGUCCCACAUGGAACGAGCAAUACACAUGGGAGGUCUACGAUCCCUGCACCGUCAUCACACUGGGAGUCUUCGACAAUUGCCACUUGGGAGGAGCCGGAGGCAGAGGUGGUGGCGGUGGUGAUAAAACAAGCGGCAGUGGUGUUGCACGAGAUUCACGAAUAGGAAAGGUACGAAUCCGGUUAUCAACCCUUGAAGCUCACCGGAUUUAUACGCAUUCUUAUCCGCUUCUUGUUCUAAACCCACACGGGGUGAAGAAGAUGGGUGAGCUUCAGCUUGCCGUUCGAUUCACAACUCUAUCUAUAGCAAACAUGAUAUACAUUUAUGGGCAUCCAUUGCUGCCCAAAAUGCAUUACUUGCAUCCAUUCACAGUUAACCAGGUAGAAAACUUGAGGUAUCAGGCCAUGAAUAUUGUGGCCGUGAGGCUUGGCCGAGCAGAACCACCACUGAGAAAAGAAGUGGUGGAGUACAUGUUAGAUGUGGAUUGCCACGUGUGGAGCAUGAGAAGAAGUAAAGCUAAUUUCUUCAGGAUCAUGUCGCUUGCCUCGGGUAUGAUUUCUGUUGGGGGAUGGUUUGGGGAUGUUUGCAACUGGAAGAACCCCGUUACAUCUGUUCUUGUUCAUAUCCUCUUCUUGAUCCUGAUAUGGUGUCCAGAGUUGAUUCUUCCGACUCUUUUUCUCUACAUGUUCCUCAUUGGAAUAUGGAACUAUAGAGUCCGGCCAAGGCUCCCGCCUCAUAUGGAUACAAAGGUUUCGUGGGCAGAGGCUGUAAGUCCGGAUGAGCUUGAUGAAGAAUUCGACACCUUUCCAACUUCUAAACCCCAUGACACUGUUCGAAUGAGGUAUGAUAGGCUGAGAAGUGUUGCAGCGAGGAUUCAGACGGUUGUGGGGGACAUUGCAACACAAGGGGAGAGGUUUCAGUCUCUGUUGAGCUGGAGAGAUCCAAGAGCAACCAGCCUUUUUAUUGUAUUUUGUCUUUGUGCAGCCGUGGUGCUAUAUGCAACUCCUUUUAGAGCGGUGGCUCUUAUAGCUGGUCUGUAUUACCUGAGGCACCCCAGGUUCAGAAGCAAGCUACCUUCAGUGCCUAGCAACUUCUUCAAGAGACUGCCAGCUCGAACAGACAGUUUGCUCUGAGAUAAAAUUUACCAUAGGCUGUGCUGUAAUAAAUAAAUAAAUAGAUAAAUAUAAAUGCCUUGCUUGAAUUUUUCUUUUUUUAUUUUCAUGAAAAUGUCAAAAUAAUCAAAGAUUGCUGUAUCUGCAACCGUAAUGUUAAUGUAAUUUCUGAAUUUAUUUACAGCAAAUUCUUCAUUCUCUUGUAUCUAAAUUUGACCCAGCUUCCAACCGUACAACCAAGAGGAAGGCUCUUCACAAUUCCCUUAUCACACUGGUGCCAUAUCUGGUUUGAACGCAAUAGGCGUAUUUAUCUGUCAUUGUUUCAUCCUAAAUCUGAGAUUAUAUAUAUCAACCGUUGUUUCGUCCUAAAUCUGAGAUUGUACAUUUGAUUAUUGCUGAUGUUUUGAGUUGAGUUUUGCAGGGCCAAAAACAUUUCCACCAUCUCUACGGUAGGGGAUCAAAGCUGUAAUUCAAACUUCUAUCUAUUGAUUAUCUGUUCAUUCUUCUGUAUAGAACUUACCUGGCAGCCCUUAUUGUUGGUGCUGCUUGGCAUGCUUGUUAUUGGGAAUAAGAAUUUACAUUUUAC